AUGGAAUUAAUAGUUAUUCUUCUACUUACCAUUGGAAUUACAUUUUCUUCAGCAAAGCCUGAUUGUGGAACUAUUGAAAGUGACUAUGCUCCAUGUAUAGAAAAGGAAAAGGCAGAUCGUUUAUUUCAAAAUUGUUGUAAAAUGUAUGCUCCAGAAGGAUGUUUACCAUUAUGUGAAUAUAUAGCUGAUGAAUUUACAUCCAGAUCUUUAAUUAUUGAAAUUCUUAAAUCUAAAAAAUGUAGUCUUAAACAUUUGUCAACAGUUUUAUUUUGUGCAUCACAAAAUCAAGAUAACAGAAAAUGUUGUGAACACCUCAAACUUGGAGAUCCAACAUUAGGUGUUGGUAAAAGAUGCUUACGCUUCUGUGAUCCAUCUGGUGAAGGUAUUGGAGCCUUAAGCAAAUCUGAUUUGACAUGUAUUUAUAAUUUUAAUAUUCCUCUAUAUUGUGGCAUGGCAAGUAUUAAGGAAUAUUAA